UUUCGCCUCGUAAGCUGCACAGUGAAAUUGUUGAAAGUGUUUCUGCCACAUUAUUUAUAUUCAAUAAUUAAUGAUUACAUUAUAUAGGAUUGGUCCACCGAAGCUAUCGGGAAGCAGCCACAUUUUUGCCUGACAGGAAAAAUUCAGGGAGAAACUAAGAUGUAAAAACAAUCUUCACAGUGCAAACCCGGAAAAGGAGAGCGGACGAUUAAUUGUGUUGUCAAAACAGAAGCACGCCACGGAAUGCCUGCGAUAAGCUUCAAUUUGGCUACUUUGUAGCAGGUGUACGCUGUCUAAUGACAUUCAUUUGGUCACGUUCACGUCGACGAAGUGAAAGGUGACGUUAAAGGUGUGUGUGUGGGGGGGGGGGCGCGCCGCGCCUCACCACUUUGUACACUUCUGAAGCGGUGAAAAGCGGCCGACAAAAACGUCUGCAUUCCAAUUAAACAGCAAAGGGCGAUAAGUUUCCAUUCUGAAAUGAUUACCUAGCGUCUUUCGACCAUUCCUAACAGUGGUGUUUUCCUGCCCCCGGCUCGCCUCUGCUCUCUGUGAAAUGAGCUGACUGUGGAUCAGGGCUUCCAGCAACAAAACACACAAUGGCCAGAAUAUCCUGGUAUCAAGAGAAGAUCGGAGCCUACGAUCAACAAAUCUGGGAGAAGUCUCUGGAGCAAACGGAUUUAAAUGGUUUGGACAGCAAGCCCAGGAAGACGGGCCACAUCAAGUCCGAUCUCAUCGACGUCGACUUAGUCCGAGGCUCCACGUUCAGCAAAGCCAAACCGCAGAGUCCCUGGACGGCGUUGACUCGCAAGGGUUUGGUCCGUGUGCUGCUUUUCCCCUUCUUCUUCCCGUGGUGGAUCCAGGUCACCUCCAAGUCCAUCUCCUCCUGCAUUCUGCUGCUCUACUUUAUGCAAGUGGCCGCCGUGGUGCUCUAUGUGGAGGUCCGGGCCAGCGCCAGCGAGACCUUCGGGCCCUUGUGCCUAAUGCUGCUGCUGGGGACCGUGCACUGCCAGAUCGUGUCCACCGAGUGCAGCCGAUGGCCCGCGGGCGGUCCGGCCGCCGGCAGCACCGGCAGCGGUCCGGCCCGCAGGAGGAGGCCCAGGAAGGGCAGGGCCCACAAGAAACUGGACGAGAAGAAGGAGAGCGAGGAGAAGGAGCCGCAGCUCUCGUCGCCGUUCGAGGAAGUCCAGCGAGCGAGGAGAAUGAGCAAACGAAAGUCUGGCUUCGGCGCCUCGGAUGAGCUCUCGAGCGAGGAAGAGCAAGGCGUGCAACCGGUGGACGUGAUGCCCGCCGUCCCUUGGCCGCCAUCCGCGCCGCCGUCUUCUGUGCGCUCCAGGAAGUCCACCACCAAAGCUGCAGUCCGGCCUCAGGAAGGAGCCGCGGCCUUCAAGGCGAAGCCGCUGCAAUUGGAGCGCCUGCGACCCAGCGCGGGCUCCCGGCCGGCCUCCGACACCGACGACACCAUGUGGGAGGAGCUCCUGCAGGGCCCCGACUCCGCCUCCACGGGGAGCAGCGACAGCGAGGACGACGUCGGCUUCACGGGGGGCGACCUGGCGCUGCAGCAGACCACCACGCUGAGCAGCGACGACGAGAGCCUGCGGCAGGGCAUCGCAGGGCACCAGCUGUCCUGGCUCCAGGCGUGCCACCCUUCCCGGGACCGGGUCAGCGCCAUCAUCUGGGAGCAGGGCGAGUGUAAGAAAGCGGACAUGUCGGUGCUGGAGAUCAGCGGGAUCAUCCUCACUCGGGUGAAGCUCGCGGAGCAAGGCGUGGGCUACCUGGUGUUCGGCGGGCUGGUGACGGCCACGCUGGCGCUCCUGCCCUUCGCCUUCCGCCUGGCGCAGCGUCUGGACGUGUCCAGCCUCGGCUCGCCGUCGGCCGCCGAGCUCCUGGAGAUCGCCUUCAGCCCGGCCGGCGCCCGCGCCUACGCCUUCUUCUUCAUCACCACCGUGCUCCGGGUGUGCCUCACGGGGCUCUUCUUCUUCAUGAUGUGCGUGGCCGAGAGGACGUACAAGCAGAGACUUUUAUUCGCCAAGCACUUCAGCCACCUGACGUCUGCCCGCAAGGCCAAGAAGUCUGAGAUCCCUCACUUCCGGCUGAAGAAGGUGCAGAACAUCAAGAUGUGGCUCUCCCUGCGCUCCUUCCUACGGAGGCGAGGCCCGCAGCGCUCCGUCGACGUCAUCGUGUCCACCAUCUUCCUCCUCGCCCUCUCCAUCUCGUUCAUCAUCUGCGCGCAGCUCCUGCAGAGCCACAAGACCUUCCUGGACUCGCUGACCAACUGGGAGCUGAUGCUGUGGGCGUCGUCGCUCAUGCUCUUCCUGCUUCGGCUCGCCACGCUGGGCUCCGAGACCAACUGCAAGUACAGCAACUCCUCUGUGCUGCUCACCGAGCAGAUCAAUUUGUAUCUGAAGAUCGAGAAGAAACCCAACAAGAAAGAAGAGCUCAACAUCGUGAACAACGUCUUGAAACUGGCGACGAAACUGAUGAAGGAGCUGGACACGCCGUUCCGCCUUCUGGGCCUGACGGUCAACCCGCUCAUCUACAACAUCACCAGGGUGGUCAUCCUGUCGGCCGUGUCCGCCGUGGUCAGCGACCUGCUGGGCUUCAACAUCAGACUGUGGAAAAUCAAACCUUAAUGUGAACACGGCAAAAGGACUCGUCGUCUUUUAAAGCAGACACGCGAGGACCCGUCGAGCCACAUGUGCAACGCUACUGACCCCCCCCCCCCCCCCAACCCCUUUUUUUUCGAACGUGGUUUUUAACAUAGCUGGCCGGGAACGUGAAAUACUGUACAGCCAAAUGAGGUAUAACACAUGCUACAUAAUGCCAGUAAUUUAACACAGGUGGGCAUCUUAAGGUUGUUUGUUUAAUUUAUUUCACUUCUGUUUUAUGACCACUGUCUGCCUUCUUCAUUGAGGACCACUGUCACGAAUGGAACUAUGCAAGUUUAGAUUAUCUCUCCCCCGGCCGGUUCUGUUCCUUUCUUAGCUUUAGCACCGAUGCUGCGUGUUCAUCCGUCCGUCCGUUUUCUAAACCGCUUUUCCAGGCGACCCGGGUGAAAUAUUGCCGCCGACUUGUGGCGAAAGCGGCGGCGUAUAUUUUCAAUGUUAUUGUUAGAUUUAUUAAACUUAACCUAAAGCCUAACAGUUAUGUAUAUUAUAUUUUGAAUGACGGAGGAAGUCAGAGAAAACAACUAUAUUGGAUAUGUUUUGAAAUCCAAGUAACUUUGAAAUUAUGCGGAUUCACUGACGGUGUAGUCGUUCACUCGCUUGGCUUCCAUGCAGGCCGCAUUUUUGUCACCUCUUCAAGUAAAGCAGGAUAGAAAAUGGACGGAUGGUAAACGUUCUGGACAACUCGAUUCUAUUUCUGGGAUUUUCCAUCAUUUACAAAAUGAUUUCUUUUAGGAAUGUGAACUUGCAGCGGGAUAUUUUGGGUGCAGCAAAGAAAGCAACAUGACCGGAGAGAGAAUGCAGGGUUGGGGCGACCGCUUCGGCUUUGUCUUACUAUUUUUUUUUUUUUUUUUUUUUUGUAUUCCAAAUGGAUGAAAUAUGAUGCGACCAUGUUUCGGGUUUUACUGUACAGUGUUUGUGCUGGGAAAUUGGGACUUUUUGCAAUAGCAGUUUUUAGAAAAUGGACCUGAGAAAGCUCCGUAUAAUAAAAUCUGUUGAUUCCUUUGA